AUGGCUGUAAGAGAAGGGGAUAAUAAAGAUGACGGGGCUCCAAAAAGACAGCGCAGGGCUCAUAAGAAGUCCCGUCUUGGAUGCAAGAACUGCAAGCUGAGGAGCGUAAAGUGUGAUGAAUCCAAACCGUCUUGCAAACGAUGUAAAACCUCGGGUUUCAUCUGCUCGUUCACGCAAACAUGCCCAUCAUCCUUCCAACUCGCCCACUUCAACGCAGGACCUGUCUUCUCCGCCAUAGAUAGGUCUCUUGGGCCCAUCAAUCCUGGCUUCAAAGUUCCUGUCGUGCAGCCUGUGAAGGGAGGCAUGGGCGAGAUUGUUCUUAAUGAUUUUGCCCUUAAAACGCUUGAGAGGUUUCGAAAAAGAACAGUUUUCACUGUUGGCACUAAGAGAACGAGGAAAGUUUACAGUGAGGGCGCAUUCAUGUUGGGAUUGGAGUAUCCUUUUCUUAUGCAUGUUUUCAUCGCCCUUGCCUAUCUCCACGACGAGCAUCUUAACCCAAACUCAACAAGAUCUCACCGCACGCCUCUCGCUUUCCACUGGUAUCAAGCCACAGCGCUCUUCCACCGCCGUCUCGCAACCGCCAGCUCGGUCCAGGAUCCUUCAACACUUCCCGGUUCCGAGCGCGAUGCCCUCUGGACGGCGGGGGCACUCCUAGGCGCUGCUUCUUUCGCUCUUCUCAACGUCCAGAGUGUCGAUAAUGUCUGGCCCCUCAAGCAGUCUGAUCCGUUGGACCUAGAUUGGUUGAAGAUGAGCGACGGGAAGAAAGUUGUAUGGAACCUAGCUGAUCCGACUAGACAAGACAGUAUCUUCUACGAACUACUCGUAGAGAGAAGCUCCAUGCCUGACGGAACCAGGGAAGUUCCUCCUGAUGCCCUCCCUGGUAUAUUCUACAGCGUGUUCAACCUCGACGCUUCAUCAUCCACCUCAACCAACCCCUAUUACACUGCUAUAUCUCUCCUCGCGCAACUCCUCCCUCGCGAGAUAACCGACAAUACAGUGGUGCAGUUCCUCAGCUUCCUCAUGCAACUGGACCCGCGCUAUCGGAAGCUGCUGGAGGAGAAGGAUCCCAGAGCUAUGGUUCUACUAGCGUGGUGGUAUACCAAGGCAGCGGUGCAUAUUAGUUGA